AUGUAUCCUCAACAAUAUCCCUCGGCCCCUUCGGCACCAUCACCAUAUAACAACGAUAUGCAGUAUAGACAAUCGAUGCCAAAUUAUCAUUCAUCCAGUGACGAUCGUAUGGCAGAUUUUCAACAACUUGUUGAUCGUUAUGAAAUUAAUCAUACGUUUGCUACAAAAUUACGUGCUCUUGAAGGAUAUGAAAUUGUUUUCAUUUGUGAUGAUUCAGGUUCAAUGAAUACACCACUUGGUGAUCUUUCUGGCCCGUUCGAUAGAGUACCAUCUCGAUGGGACGAAUUAAAGCAAACUGUAUCGAUUGUUGUUGACAUAGCUAGUGUACUUGAUCCGGAUGGUGUUGAUAUUUAUUUUCUUAAUCGUGAGCCCUUAUUUCAUGUUCGUAGUUCAUCAGAACUAAUUUCUACAUUUGCUGUUCCUCCGUCAGGUCCAACACCCAUUGUUCCCGUUCUGCGACGUGUACUUCGUGAUAAACAAAAUGAAAUAGAAGAACGAAAAUUAUUGAUACUUUUGGCAACCGACGGUGUACCAACUGAUAAUCAAGGUCAUCGAGAUAUUCGUUCGUUUGAGUACGUUCUUAAAAAUGAACGAAAACCUGUCAAUCGUAUACCUGUUACAAUUAUUGCUUGCACAGACGACAAUGAUUGUAUUGGCUAUUUGAAUGAUUGGGAUAAAAAAAUUUCUAAUCUCGAUGUUGUUGAUGAUUAUAGAAAUGAAAAACGAGAAAUUCAAGCACGCCAAGGAAAACAAUUUCCGUUUAGUUUUGGUGAUUAUGUUGUUAAAAUUCUCAUGGGUGGUGUUGAUAGUUGGUUUGACGAUUUAGAUGAAAAGAAAGCGACAACCGAUGGCUACGGACGAACACUAGGAGGUGCCCGUUACAAGCGAAAAAAAUCACAAUGCAUCAUUCUCUAA